GAUCAACCAUUGCGUGUCAAAACAACACAGGGAGUCCACGCGGUAGUGAGUGCAUUGCAGUGGUAGUAAACUUGUUGCAUUUGCAACCAUGGGGAAGAAAAGAAAGAACGCCGACGAAGAGGAGGAAGGGGAAUCCUCCCACAGGCAGGUGAUCCCUACUCAUGUCAAAAACCAAGAGAAGAGACUCAUCGUGGUGCUGGAAAGAGCCAAUCUGGAAAGUGUCAAGAAUGGCAAGAGCUAUGAGCUACUAAACUGUGAUGACCAUAUGGGUCUAAUGAAGAAGUACAACAAGGAUCCUGCAAACUGCCGGCCAGACAUCCUUCAUCAGUGUCUCCUUAUGCUCCAAGAUUCUCCACUCAACCAGGCAGGCAAACUGCAGGUUUACAUUCAUACUGAAAAAAAUGUAUUGAUAGAGGUCAACCCACAGUGUAGAAUUCCCAGAACUUUCAAGAGAUUUGCUGGUCUUAUGGUUCAGCUGCUUCACAAAAUGAGUGUUCGAGCCAGUGAUGGUAACAUGAAGCUUUUGAAGGCCAUACGCAACCCUGUCACUGCUCAUCUCCCAGUUGGGUGUAGGAAGAUUGGCACUUCCUUCACUGCUAAGAAACUUGUCAAUCCUCGGGAGAUUGUUCCUGAGAAUGAUCCAUUUGUAAUUGUGAUUGGAUCCAUGGCACAUGGCAAGGUGGAAGUAGAUUAUAUUGAAGAAGAAAUAGCAAUAUCAAGAUACCACUUGUCAGCAGCAUUAACCUGUGCCAAAGUGUGCAGUGGUUUUGAAGAAGUGUGGGGCAUCAAGUAGCAGUAUAGGCAGCUAUUGUAGGUGCAGUUGACACCAACCUGUCACUGUCACCCCCUCCUCCAUCCGUGACGUCACAAACAGUGAGCAAGAUGGGAACCAGACCCUCUGCGCUCAUGGUAGCCUCACUGUCUGAAGAUGAAAUAAAUUUAUCUUUUGACAGAAAGACGGUGGUAGUGUUGACCAUUAUCAGCGGUGUUGGAUAUCCUCAAUAUCAUGAAAGUGUGAAAUAUUAGUAUUUGUACACAGAGAAAGAAAUAAGAUUAUGAUAAUAAAUGUUUAAAUAUAUUUUCCUAGAGUGUGAUGUGAAGAUAAUUGUUCAAUGGUUCUGGAAAUGCAGUACCACAGCUCACCAUGCACCUUCAGCACAGCUGAUCCUUUGGUAAACACAGCAUUCAGCAUGCCCAUUGAGGACCAAUUAGUAUGCAGUAGGCUCCAUGGAAGCUGUUUCUGUCAGCCCUCACAUCUACCACCAUAAGGAUCUUGUGCUCUCCUCAUAGCGGCCUCUCUGGCAUUAGUUGCCAUGCCUGUAGUGUCCAUCUCCUUCAUCUUGCUUGCCUAACUGGCCAGUCUUCUUGUUCUGAAUUGUCCAAUAAUAAGAGAGCAGCAACGAUGAGAUCCUCGUGGUUCAUCUUGUUUUGGUGUGUGUUGUGCAAGACUGAUGAUUGACGGGUUGAUGUCACGCCGUCACACUGUGAUGGAGUUCAUCUCUGAAGCGGAUGGCUGUCAUGUUUGUGACAUCACAGACAGGAAUGAGGGUGACAGUGAUGGGCUGGUGUGAAGCAAGAGACUCAUUUUUGGCCAUAUUUUUUUAUACAAGAGAAAAGAUGUUGCUGUGUUGCAGGGUUUUGAAUAAUCUGGCUUGGUUUUCAGGAAAAUAAACCUAUGUUCAUCCACACUUUUGCUACAACAAAGUUUACUGACUUCAUCAGUUGCGUGUGCUUCUUGUCUUUUCAGCUGAAGGAUACAACAACCCAUGAGCCAUCUGGUGUACGACUGCAUAGAAGCCCCCAUUUCCUCUAACAUCAGUUUUUGUUCUUCCCUGCACAUUCUCUUUUCUCAUCAUCAGUAUGUGUUACUCUAUACAGAUUCCUCUGACAUUUAAUCUCCAAUACAUAUAAUAUCCUUCUCUUUCUUGUUUCAUCAGUUCUUCAUUAUCUCCAUCUGGUUGGUUUUCUGCAGCAGGCAACACAUCCUGAUCACAUUUAUCACCUGCACCUUAUCAAUACAAAAAAUUGUAAAAAAAAACUAAAUAAAUAAAUAAAUAGAUAAUAAUAACAAUGAUAAAAAAAAAAAAUAUGAAGGUUUUACCAAUCUGAAAUUAUACAUCAACUAAUUGUGACUAAACAAUUUUAAAUAAAUUUACAUGUCAGCUGGCUCCAUGCCUGAAGCAGCCUUCCUACCUAGUUUCUAACUAAAGCGACAUGUCAAUUCGGGGAUUUUAAGAGGUAAAUAUCGUUAGACAGGAGUGAGACGUAUAAAUUAAGCCACACUUCUUCCCAACCCCACUCCUUGUCCAUCUCAUCCCCACUCCCUCUUUGUGUCAGCAUUUCUCAUACCUCCUGCUUAUCUCCUCCAUCAAAGUCUCUCUCUCUCUCUCUCUCUCUCUCUCUCUCUCUCUCUCUCUCUCUCUCUCUCUCUCUCUCUCUCUCUCUCUCUCUCUCUCUCUCUCUCUCUCUCUCUCUCUCUCUCUCUCUCUCUCUCUCUCUCUCUCUCUCUCUCUCUCUCUCUCUCUCUCUCUCUCUCUCUUUUCCCCCCCCUACCUAAAUGUUCAGUAAAGGUUAGGGGGUUAAAAGUUACAAGACGCUGCCCUCCCUCUUGCAAGCGUAAGCGGCAACUUAACGUAAAUUACAUUAUACCCACCAUUGUUUGGUAACUGGACUGUCAUUAGAAAGUACCCGUUGGUGUUAUUGUUUUUGUUAUUUCUAUGAAAUAAGUUUGUCAAAGAGAGAGAGAGAGAGAGAGAGAGAGAGAGAGAGAGAGAGAGAGAGAGAGAGAGAGAGAGAGAGAGAGAGAGAGAGGCGGGGGGGGGGAUGAAGGAAGUAUGAGAAGCUUGUGGAUAGGGAAGGGGGAGGGCGUGGAGGGGGUGAGGAGGAACGCACACCUAAAAGAUACACGUCAGGAGCAGCUCUAGCCAAUAACAGUUGCCUUGAAAAAAAAUGAUGACAUCACUUUUGUUAGAAAUAUAGUUAGGAAAACUGUUUCAUCAAGUAGGAAGCCGUCUGUAAAUGAAAAAAAAGUAAAUAAGCAAAUAAAAUAGAAUGAAAAAAAUAAUAAUGUAAACGUGUUCUGCAGGGAGGUGGCUGGUGAUUGCUGGCGACCGUGCCUGGCGGAAAUCCGUCUUACUGACGUGUUUCCUCUCACUCCACGCAGAUGACAUGUGAUCACUUUGUCAUGGAGUUGAUGAACAUGCUCUUAUUAGGCAUCGUUUCAAAGACUAGUAUCUUCAAACAACGCCUUUACCGAACAUUAAUGUAAAGGAAGUGGCUGUAAUUUAUCUUCAGAAAGCUUUGGAACAAUCUGGUGCUGUAAUCAUGCGCUUACACACUUGCUUUAUCUUUUGACGAUAGCUCUUGAAAUAACGCAAGCAGUAGUGAAACUGCCACUGCGGUUCAUCAUUUUUUUUUUUUUUUAUAGAAGUCGUUAAUAAUUUUAUCUUACAUCGUCACUAUGAAAAUUGAUAAACCUUGAAUGUGCUUGUAGUAAAAUAUGUACAACAAAA